CCGCCACCGCGUGACGCACUUCCUGUUUGUUGUUGGAGAAAAGGAGAGAAAGGAAAGCGCGAGGAGACGCCGACGCCGCCACCAGCGCAGCUGUGCCAGAGCCGCGAGGAGACUGGCCGCCUGACUUCCCUCCUCGCUGGCCGCCGCGUCCUCGGAUUUGUUCCAACAGUCUGUUAAAACAUGGUGGAUUACUAUGAAGUAUUGGGCGUGCAAAGACAUGCCUCACCCGAGGACAUUAAAAAGGCGUAUCGAAAACAGGCACUUAAAUGGCACCCAGACAAAAAUCCCGAAAAUAAAGAAGAAGCAGAGCGGAAAUUCAAACAAGUAGCUGAGGCAUAUGAAGUGUUAUCGGAUGCUAAAAAGCGGGACAUCUAUGACAAAUACGGCAAAGAAGGAUUAAAUUGUGGUGGAGGAGGAGGUGGAAGUCAUUUUGACAGUCCAUUUGAGUUUGGCUUCACAUUCCGGAACCCAGAUGAUGUCUUCAGGGAAUUUUUUGGUGGAAGGGACCCGUUUUCAUUUGACUUCUUUGAAGACCCAUUUGAUGACUUUUUUGGAAACCGAAGGGGUCCCCGAGGAAGUAGAAGCCGAGGUACCGGCUCCUUUUUCUCUGCCUUCAGUGGAUUUCCUUCUUUUGGAAGUGGAUUUCCUGCUUUUGAUACAGGCUUUACUCCAUUCGGGUCACUAGGUCAUGGGGGCCUCACUUCAUUCUCUUCAGCGUCAUUUGGCGGUAGUGGAAUGGGCAACUUCAAAUCAAUAUCAACUUCAACUAAGAUAGUCAACGGCAAAAAAAUCACUACAAAGAGAAUUGUGGAGAACGGUCAAGAAAGAGUAGAAGUUGAAGAAGACGGACAGUUAAAGUCCUUGACGAUAAAUGGUGUGGCCGAUGAGAACGCCCUUGCAGAAGAAUGCCAGCGGAGAGGCCAACACACACCAGCUCUGGCCCCCGGUCCGGCCCCAGCACCAGUUCGGGUCCCCUCCCAGGCCCGGCCCCCGGCCCCAACUCCGGCCCCAACUCCAACUCCAGCCCCAGCUCCAGUCCAGACUCCGGCCCCUUCUGUCAGCACCCGCCCACAGAAGCCACACAGGCCUGCCCCAACGGCCAGACUUGGGUCUAAAAGCAACUGGGAAGAAGAAGAGCAGGACAGGCAGCGGGAUGCCCCUAUGACCUCAGCAGGUGUGCAGGAGGGAGCUGGUGUGGAGCACCCCCAAAGUGUUUUGACCUCAGCAGGGCUCAAAGAAGGUGGCAAGAGGAAGAAGCAGAAGCAGAAAGAGGACUCGAAGAAGAAGAAGUCGACCAAAGGGAACCACUAGGCUGGACUUGGCGGCAGCCACAGCAGCUGCUCGUGUGUGUGUGUGUGUGUGUGUGUGUGUGUGUGUGUAUGUGUGUGUGUGCAUGCGCGCAUGGCAGUGGCAUCCUUUAAGUGUUGCCCAGGGUCACUUCGCUUAGCAGGAUUAUGGACGUGUGCCCACGGAUUGGUAGGAUCAGGGGUGUUGGAGACGGAGGCUACAAUCCCGGGUGGCUUGUAUAAGUUCGUGACACAGCCUCACUCUCGUAACUCUGCUUUUCCCCAACACUAAAUCCAUAGCGUUUUCCUCGAGCUGUAAGAGUUGUAAGAGUCUGCCUCAUUCUUUUCAGCAGCCCAAGCCCUGCUUGAGCUCUGAGGUAUUUGUAGUUGUAGUCCAUAGGGUUCAGUAGGGAGCUGGGUAUGUGUUCAUCAUAGACUGCCUCCUGGUGGUGGUACAGCGCGCAGUUUUAAGUACAGUAGAACUUACAGGUAAAGUAGGUUGUGCCUUGAGCCAUGGGUGUCAGGAUGCUUUUGAUUCAGGGUACUCUGGCAAACAGAGGCCAUCAGGAGCCACUUCAGAUGUAGAGUCUUUCCUUAUUUAUUGUUCAGCUUUUAAUCUUCUCCAGGUAGUCAAAAAUUGACACCAAAUAUAGUUUAGUUUUUGGGAAAUCUCAUCUUUUCUUCUUGGAGAAAUAUUUGUCCUUUUUCCGUCAAAAGGUUUUGCUUAGCGAUACCAUUUCUAGUAACGAUAGGCCAGUGCUUCUGGCUAUUUACACAAACACACAGCACACAGAGGCAUGUGCAAAAUGAUCAGCUCUGAAGCAAGAAGCAAAUAAUUGCCCCUUCACAAGCUUCAACCCGUCACAAUCCAUGCCAUGUUGUCGCCUGACCCGUGGUUUGCAUUGAGCACCAGGUAGUUCUGACGCCAUCUCACUUCAGGUCUGCACGUGCUCUUGGGGCUGUGUUCCUUCCUUUUGGCCAUGAGGAUCUGUUGUUUGAGUGUUCCCUUGGCAAUGAGCACAUUAUAAGAAGUGUUGGUGAGCUUGAGAUGGGUCCAGCAGUGUGCAAAGGGGAAGUUUUGUGAGUUAUGGGCACUGCUGUAGCUAGGAGCUGAGACAGGGUCACCUGGGUUUUGAGGAAGUGACCACGAAAUGUUUGCUGUGUUUGCUUGGUUUUGGUGGGAGGUGGUGUGGGCACUUACGGAGUGUGGAUUGGUGUUGAUGUGUGUUGUGGAAAUAUGACCCUCAAGGAGGAAUGUAUUUUAGUGCUACUGACGUAAAUAAAAUGUAAACGUCACUGAG